CAAGGUUCGGGCCAAUCAUGCGACAACUAGCGCUUGCUACGCUCCUCCUCGCGUCGGGUGCGAGCGGGCACGCCGCCCUCUCCUUCCCGCGUCCGCGCAACGCCGCCGACGGCAGCCUCGCGCCGUGGACCUCAUGGGCGUACCCGUGCGACAAGAGUCACAGCGGCGCAAACUGCUCCAUCAGCUUCUGCGAACACGGCCAUGACUGCCAGGGCUCGUGCCCCAUUGCCGCGCGUAGCGGCGUCAAGGGCGCCCUCACCGCGUCCAACGGCCAAGCGUGCUACUGGUUCUCGAACGGAUGCACCGUCGGCUGCGCGCGCUGCGACGGCUCCUCGAACCACGUCGGGCACGGCAGCCAGCGCUUCCUCUUUAAGGGCAUGAGCGCGGCUGCGCUGCGCGCGCGCAACCUCUCGAUCGAAGAUCCCUUCUCUCCGCCGCCCGGCGCGCUCGCCCUCAACCAGACGACCGCCAAGUCGCUCGCCAUCGCGCCAAACUGCGCCGAUCCAAAGACGGCGCCGACGGUGUGCGACCCGCGUCUGCGGACGGCCAACACGCAGGCGGCGUGCGGCUCCAAGGAUGACGUCUACUACUACUCGCCCUGGAGGGCGCCCGGAGCGGCGCCUGUCAUCGACGCCUGCGGCAUGGCGGGCGGCCGCUUCCCGGGCCAGGGGGUCGGAGGCGCGGGCGCGCAGUUCCAAAACAGCAGCGUGAUGCGGCAGGGCGACGCGGGCAGCGCCUUGCCGCGCGGCCCGCCUGCGGCGGUGUGGCGCGCCGGCGACUCCCCCGAGGUGGGGUGGACAGUCAUGGCCAACCACGGCGGGGGCUACGCGUACCGGCUGGCGCCCGCCGACGCGCCUCUCACCGAGGACACCUUCCGCAAGCUGCCGCUCGCGUUUGACGGGCCGUCUGCGCUGCGGUGGGACGGCGACAGGGCGGCCGACAUGCGGUUCGACAGCGCGGCUCGCGGCUGGCAGGUGUCGACGGGUACGGUGCCCGCCGGGUCCUCGUGGCGGAAGAACCCGAUCCCGUCGGGCCUGUGGGAGCGCGAGGGGCCGACGUUCCGCCCCGUCUGCGACGAGAGCGCCGCGUGCGUCCGCGGGUACUCGACGGGCGGCGCCGCGCAGGGCGAGUGCCGCUGCUCCGGCUGGUCGAACGGCGGUCCUCUGCUGCCCAACGUCGAGGUCGUCGACCGCGUCGCCCUCCCCGCGUCGCUGUCGCCCGGGCGGUACGUGCUGCAGUGGCGGUGGGACUGCGAGGAGUCGGACCAGGUGUGGGCGAGCUGCAGCGAUGUGCAGGUCGUCGCCGCGGCGACCGGCGCAGAGCCAGAGGCCAAGGCGGGCGUGUCAGCGGCGUAGAGCCGUAGUGUGUCGUAGUGAGUGUCAGAGUGUGGAGAGUGGGAGCUUUGUUGUAAAAUUCUCGCCGUGUCGGUCGUCGAGAAGGUGGCCCUCGGUGGUGAUAAUAAGCCUUUUAGGUCCAA